AUGCCCGAAUAUCUGGCGGCACCAAUUCCGCAGCGACUUCAGCAACUCUUCAGCGAGAAGCAUUUGCGGCCACCGAGGAACGUGACCGAGGGAGGACGUCAAAAUGAAGCUGGGGAUAAUGCAGCUCACCCACCCAUGUUCAAGAGUUGUGGUGAUCAUUGGAUGGCCGAGAGAAUCAUGCUGGGAUACGGCACCAAGACGCAGGGGUUGAGUUCUCUCUAG